CUACUGCGUGUGCUGUCAAUACACUUCUUUUUUUUUCUUCCAAUUUUUAUCUGAUACUAUAUGUUACUGUAUGCAUGUAAUAAUCAAAUGUGGCGCUUAUAAUCUUGAUUUUUAUAAUGUUCAAGAGAGUCCACAGCAGAAUGGCAAAUGCACGUCUCUGGCACAAGUAUUUUAAUAUACCACACAUACUUCACGGCCACGGACCUGUCCCAUUGGCCGUUGCAUACAGUAAAGUAAAGCGUAGGAGCACCGUAUGGCUUCGUACUUAACAAUAAUACAAAUCUGUAGCUUCUUAUAUAUAUAUAGACGCAUACCACCAAGCUCUAAUCACCAAAUCAAAAGGCAUAGUGCACAGCAUCAGCAGCAACAGCCAAUUGACAGGCCUGAUCGAUCGAGUAGCGUGAUCGACCAUGGCCACCCUCCAGGCAUCGAUCUUGGCAGUCCUCAGCUUUGCCUUCUUCUGCGGUGCUGCUCUUGCUGCUCGCGACCUGAACGAGGACUCAGCCAUGGUGGCCAGGCAUGAGCAGUGGAUGGCGCAAUACAGCCGCGUCUACAAAGAUGCCGCCGAGAAGGCUCGACGGUUCGAGGUGUUCAAAGCUAAUGUUAAGUUCAUCGAAUCAUUCAAUACAGGUGGGAACCGUAAGUUCUGGCUUGGUAUCAACCAGUUCGCUGACCUCACCAAUGAUGAGUUCAGGACUACCAAGACCAACAAAGGCUUCAAACCUAGCCUCGAUAAGGUCUCUACCGGAUUUAGGUAUGAGAAUGUUAGCGUUGAUGCGAUUCCAGCGACUAUCGACUGGAGGACCAAUGGUGCAGUCACUCCGAUCAAGGAUCAAGGGCAAUGUGGUUGCUGCUGGGCAUUCUCGGCCGUGGCAGCCACAGAAGGUAUCGUGAAAAUUAGCACUGGCAAGCUCAUCUCCCUCUCAGAACAAGAAUUGGUGGAUUGCGAUGUCCAUGGUGAGGAUCAGGGUUGUGAGGGUGGCCUGAUGGACGAUGCAUUCAAGUUUAUCAUCAAGAAUGGAGGCCUAACAACGGAGUCCAACUAUCCAUACACGGCUGCAGAUGGCAAGUGCAAGAGUGGAUCGAAUAGUGCUGCAAACAUCAAGGGCUACGAGGAUGUGCCAACAAACGAUGAGGCUGCCCUGAUGAAGGCCGUGGCAAACCAGCCCGUGUCGGUGGCAGUGGACGGUGGAGACAUGACAUUUCAGUUCUACUCUGGUGGUGUGAUGACUGGAUCAUGUGGUACUGACUUGGACCAUGGGAUUGCAGCCAUUGGUUAUGGGAAGACUAGUGAUGGAACCAAGUAUUGGCUCAUGAAGAACUCAUGGGGCACGACAUGGGGUGAGAAUGGUUACCUGAGAAUGGAGAAGGAUAUUUCAGACAAGAAAGGCAUGUGCGGACUAGCCAUGGAACCUUCCUAUCCCACUGAGUAGGCAAAACCUUCAGAAGCCUUUUAGUUCAUACAUGAACACAUAGACAGAAUAAAUCGGUGCUUCUAUACAUUCUACUACAUAUAUAAAGCUUGUCCAUA